AUGCCUCCACGAGUUGGGCCUGCAGCAAGCGGUGUGGGCGACCCGAAUUUCCGAUUCCUCUUGAGCGUGCUCAAGCAUUGCGAACAGGUCAAGACGGAUUGGAAUGAAGUGGCCAAGGAGAAUGGGAUCGCUUAUGGGAGGAAUGCGGCCGCGCGCUUCAAAUCAAUCGUCGACAACAAUGGCCUCAAGUUCGAGAACAACAAAGUCACCAUCCCGAACGCUGGAGUGGGCAACGGGGUCGCUGGCGCCGCGAUGCCUCCUUCUCCUGCCCCCACUGCAGCCACCAACGCAGACGACCAAGAUGUCAAACCUCCCAAGCGCGCCAAGAAGCAGACUGGCACGAAAUCUCGCAAGCGCAAGUCUCCCGCACCAUCACCAGACGGGGACGAGGAUGAAACAGCAACAGCGGCAGCAGCUCCAGCCAACGCAGCGCCAAGUGCUAAGAAGAAGAAGGGUGGCGCGACGAAGAAGAAAAUGAAGAGCGAAGCAUUCAUCAAGACGGAAGAAGAAGAAGAUGCCGAAGAAGACGACAGCCAGGUCAACGAGGCCGCGCCAGGCGAGGAGAAGAGCGCAAAGACGGACGCGAAGAGCAAUGGCAAUGGCAGCGACGAGACGGGGGAUGAGACUCGCGCCGAAAACACCACUAUCAAGGUCGAGAAGGAGGCUUGA